AUGUUUCCAUACACUGUCCAUAGCACCUGGAGAUAUCUUGGCCAAGAUCUCCAGCAAGUCGCCUUUUACGAGGUUUGCCUCAGCCAUACAUCGGGCUACAUCGAGUAUAUUGUUCUUUGUGUCAACAAACUUGAGCCAUUUCUUGAGAUCCUUGAGACACAAAAGAGCAUCGCGUCCAAGGGAAUACGUUCCGUCGUCGCCAAUGCCACCAAGCUAUGUGGACGGAUGGUCAGCAGUGUUUGUAUGGCAAGACGGAUGACAUACAGCAGAGAUGAGACUGUACACAUGAGCACGAGUCUCAGGGUCUAUAGGAUCUCGCGACCACUCAUCCAGCGUUGUCUGCUGCAUUGUUGUGGUAAAUCACCGUUGUCGUCGUCGUCACCGUCGCUGCUGCUCUGCUCGUCUCCGCUGAUCUUCCUUGGACGCGUCGCGCGCACGCGUAAAGUGUCGCCCAAACGGUGCAAAUGUGCCAAGUCGCGGGACCGCAGCCGUCUCCCGCCCUCUAACGUCAUGCCUCGGCUGCGGCUUUCAUCGGCCGUGCGCGAAUCGAAGAUCCAACAUCACAUUUCGUGUAUUGUUAGAUUCGUAAUGUUCUCCGCGGCAUCAAGACAGAUAGCAAGAGGCGCUGUGCGCCAGCAAUGUCGCACUUUUAGCUCUACACCCUCAAUUGGCGCUGCCGCUGAGGUCAAGAAGCUGGGUGUCAUUGGAGCAGGACAAAUGGGCCUAGGCAUUGCCCUCGUAGCUGCCCAACGCGCUUCCCUCCCCGUAACUCUCAUCGACACCUCAGAAGCCUCGCUCGCAAAAGGCCUCUCCUUCGCCGACAAGCUCCUCGCAAAAGACGUCUCCAAAGGCCGCCUCUCCCAAUCCGACGCCGACGCCACACGCGCACGCCUAACAUCCAGCACCACCCUAUCCUCCCUCUCAGACGUCGACUUCGUCAUUGAAGCAGUACCAGAGAUCCCCUCGCUCAAACACGACAUUUUCGCGCAACUCGCGCAAAUCUGCCCCCCACACGCCAUCUUGGCUACAAACACGAGUUCCAUCAGCAUUACCAAGAUCGCCGCCAGUACGACCAAGGACCCUACGGAUCUCAGCGCAAGCAGCAGGGUCAUCAGUACGCACUUUAUGAACCCUGUGCCUGUCCAGAAGGGUGUCGAAAUCAUCACCGGGCUGCAAACUUCGCAAUCGACAAUUGACACCGCCAUUGAGCUGUGCACCCGCAUGGGCAAGAUUCCCUCGCAGUCAGCGGAUAGCCCUGGAUUUCUUGCAAAUCGCAUCUUGAUGCCGUAUAUCAAUGAGGCGGUGAUUUGUCUGGAGACGGGUGUAGGCAAGAAGGAGGAUAUUGAUAGUAUUAUGAAGAAUGGGACUAAUGUGCCCAUGGGACCGCUCCAGUUGGCGGAUUUCAUUGGCCUGGAUACUUGUUUGGCUAUCAUGAAGGUGCUUUACGAGGAUACGGCGGAUAGCAAAUACCGGCCCGCUGUGCUGUUGAGGAAGAUGGUGGAUGCGGGAUGGUUGGGUAAGAAGAGUGGGAAGGGAUUUUACGAUUAUCAGUAG